GCAGCCUGCCCCAGUCCUGCUCAGCCAUCUCUACACUCCUCUGACAGAAUGAAUGCCCUCGAUGAUGUCCCCUUCAAGGUGCCCAACGGCUUUGUGAUAGGCACAGAGCCCCUUCCUGGGCCAGAGCUCAGCGUCCCAGCUUGCAGGGAGCUUCUGCUGGGUUCUAUGCACGACUUCAGCCUGGAGAGGAGGGCGCUCUUCUGGGUAGAGGCUGUCCUCCGGGGACCCUGCCCGUUCCAGUGCGACGCCCCGGGAACGGCGUCAGCGCCUCCCGCCUGGCUGUUACUGGUGAGUCCUGACCGCGAGCCGGUGCCGAUGCCUGCCGCAGACAUGGGCCCUGAGGAUGGACCCCAGCAGCGGCUUGAGGAGGAGGUGGAGGAGGAAGAAAACCAGGACGAGGACCACGACGAAGAAGAAGCCGCCUCCGCCAGCGAGGAAGAGCCACGUCCCUGCAGCCCCCAGCCCGGCCCCCCUGCGAGCCCCGCCCCCCCUGCGAGUCCUGGCCCGGGCCAUCCACGGUGCUCGCUGGACGUGCUGCGCGGCAUGAGGUCGGAGCUGGCCGGAGCGCGGCGGCGGCUCUCUGAGGGCAGGCUGGCCGCCCGCCCCCGCGCCCUCCUGCACCGCAUCCGCCACCGGGCGCUGAGCCUCUGCCCCAGCCCGGCACCGAGUCAGUGCCCCGUGCCGCCCCCGGGGCCCGCGCCCCCACUUCCCAGCACCCCCGCGCCGCCCCCGCGGCCCUCCACGGCCGGCGCCAUGCCCCCGCUGCGGAGUCACAAGCCCACGGUCGCGUCCCUCAGCCCGUAUACCUGCCUGCCACCUCUUGGGGGGGUGUCUCAGAGUCUCAGCACCUGUAGAGCACACCCUGCUUCUGCUGACCUGCUGUCUGCCCUGAGCCAGGAGGAGCAAGAUCUCAUCGGGCCAGUGGUUGCCCUGGGGUAUCCCCUGCACAGGGCUAUCGGGGCUCUGCAGAAGACAGGGCGACAGAGCCUGAGCCAGUUUCUCAGCUACCUUAGCGCCUGUGAUCGGCUGCUGCGGCAAGGCUAUGAGGAGGGCCUGGUGGAGGAGGCCAUGGAGAUGUUCCAGUUCUCCGAGAGCCAGGCAGGGGAAUUCCUGCGCCUCUGGGAACAGUUCAGUGACAUGGGCUUCCAGCAGGACCGGAUCAAGGAAGUACUGCUGGUCCAUGGCAACCGCCGUGAGCAAGCCCUGGAGGAGCUGGUGGCCUGUGCCCAGUGACCUCGGCGCUUUCCACAAUGCCUGUGCGUCCCUCAACCCGUGCCAGACCUGGCAAUCCAUUCCAGCUCUGUUAUUAAGACUAUAUAAGAGGGGUGCCUGGCUGGCUUAGUUGGAGCAUGUGUCUCUUGGUCUCAGGGUUGUAAGUUCAAGCCCCACUUUGGAUAUAGAGAUUACUAAAAAAAAAAAAAAAAAAAAAAAGUAAGAAAA